AUGCCUAGUGCACUGUCAUAUCAGCAAGCUAUCGGACCCGUCACUCUGAAUAAUGCUUGUACUCGUUACAAGCCAAGUACUUCACAGAAAUGUCAAGCCAGCAAUUCUAUCGUGUUUCGGAGAUAUCGCAUUGGCAAUAGGCGGGAAUUUCGUUGCGUAUUUGGCCGUGGUACCGCAGAAUCUACUUCUUUUGCUGCUCAAAAAGCUGCCGAGGCAGCCUUAGCCAAACUGACUGAAUUUGGCAUUUCAGUAGUCAAAGGAUUUUGUAAUACAACUUGA